UAUCGAUAUUAUUUUCCAGAAAUACAAAAUCGUAUCUGACAAUAACCCAAACGCGAGAGUUAUAAUAAUUUAAUUUGAAAAAUUCAAAAAUUGAAAAAUGACUCCGACUCCAAAGCCAGCAUCCAAAGUUGCACCGUCAACAACUUGCGAGGACGUAUCGUUGGUCAUCCUGAAGCGCACGAAGUCAUUGAAACUUACUCGCGAUAAGAAGCAGGGCUUUCUUCGCCAUCUACGCAAGUCGAUGAAACCGAAAAAUGCCCUGAUCGUUCUCAACGAGCUCAAGGAUAAGGGCAUUAAAAUAAGUGAUUUUACCAUCAAUAGCAAUCCUGAUGGCAGCUACACUGCCAUAGUCACGGUCAACUCGAACCAGUACCAGAAAACGGCGGUCUCCAAGAUGGCGGCCAAGAAAUUGGCCUGUGAGUCUGCAUUGCGUGAUUAUGCCAUUGCAAAAAUGAAGGCAAGACCACGUAAACCGAAGACAAAGGAUGAGGAAAACCAACCAUCGACCAACCAUGUCGCAGAAUCCAUGGACAUCGAUGGAAGCGACACUGACAACGAUGACGAUGCAAAAAUAAAGGCAAGACCACGAAAACCGAAGACCAAUGGUGGAGAAAAUCAACCAUCGACCAACCAUGUCGAAGAAACCACUGAAAACGAAGACGAUACCCUAGAGCUCAAUUUGGCACCGUAUGCAAUGUAUAAAUUAUUGAAAAAGUGGAAGCGCAAAGGUUACUUUAAGCCCGAAAAGUAUUCAUUGGCAAAAGCACAGCCGCAGCAGGAAGACGCAGGAAGAGGCCGUGCCGAAUUGCCACCAAACUGGCAGACCAUGCACCCGGCCUCAUUGCUCCACAUUAUGCGCCCUGGAAUUAAGUAUAUGUAUUAUGACAAGGACGUCGAGCUCCAACGUUCCGGUGUGAUCGUUGACAACCAGAAGAUUACGGCCUAUGGGUGCUCAAAGAAAGUAGCACGUCGCAAUGUGGCCGUGAAUGCUUGCAACAUAUUGUUCGGAACCAAUUUCACACCUGGAGAGUAAAACCCAAAAAAUGAUCAACAAAAGCAAAAAUAUUUAAAAAAUAUUUCUGUGGAUGAAGAAUAAAUAUUUUGCUUAAA